AUGAAAAACCUCUGUUUCAGAGUCAUUACCAUAGUUAUAGGUCUUUAUUUUACUGGAAUAAUGACGAAUGCGUCAAGAAAAAGUAAUAUUUUAUUCAAUUCUGAAUGCCAAUGGAAUGAAUAUGUUCUCACAAAUUGUUCUUUUACCGGAAAGCAUGAUAUACCUGUGGACAUACCACAAACAGCAGCCACUGUGGAUGUAAGUUUCAAUUUCUUUAGAGUUAUCUUACAGUUUCACAUGAAAAAAGAAGAGUGGAAAAUAAAACAUCUGGACCUCAGUAACAAUCUCAUAUCAAAAAUAACUUUAAGCCCUUUUGCAUACUUACAUGCUUUGGAAGUGUUAAAUCUCAGCAACAAUGCCGUCCACUGCCUCUCCUUGGAUCUACUCAGUCCUAAGUCCUCAUGGGUGAAACGCCACAGAAGCAGCUUCAGAAAUAGGUUUCCAUUGCUGAAGGUGCUCAUUCUUCAGAGAAAUAAACUCAGUGACACUCCCAAGGGACUGUGGAAACUGAAGUCAUUGCAGAGUUUGAAUCUGUCAUUCAAUGGGAUAUUGCAAAUAGGGUGGUCUGAUUUUCACAACUGCCUGCAACUGGAGAAUCUCUAUUUAAAGAGCAACAAGAGAUUCAAAAUUCACCCACAAGCCUUCAAGGACCUCAAAAAAUUACAGGUCAUAGACCUCAGCAACAAUGAUCUGUCCACCAUCCUACCAAUGAUGAUCAUAGGUUUAGAAUUUCCCCAUCUAGUGGUUGACUUGGCUGAUAAUCACUGGCAGUGUGAUGAUAGUGUGACAGUCUUUCAAAAUUUUAUUUCUGAAUCCUGGAGGAAAAAGUGGAAUGUCAUUUGCAACAGGUGUAUAGGGAGUGAGGAGGCCAAUGGGGGUACUCCCCGGAGCAGGAUUUCCAGGGAAACCAGCCUUCCUCCCAUUCAUCUGCAUCCCGUGAAAAGCCUCAUAAGGAGCAAAGCAGGGAGGCCCCAGGGAGGAAGGCACAUGGGUGUUUCCACUCUGGGGAAGAAGGCAAGGACCAGCUCUAGUCUUAGGGAGAAGCAGAGAUGGCUGCCAAGGAGUGUUAGAAGCACCCGCGAUGUGCAGACUGCCGGCAGAAAGGAGGACGCUCCCCAGGACCUGGCUCUGGCAGUGUGCCUGUCAGUGUUCAUCACAUUCGUUGUCGCCUUCUGCCUGGGGGCUUUCACAAGGCCUUAUGUUGACAGACUGUGGCAACAAAAGUGCCAGAACAAAAGCCCUGGCCUGGACAACGCGUGUUCAAACGAGGGCUUUUACGAUGAUAUCCAAGCUGUGGGGCACACACCACACCCGGAGUCCCAUCUGUGCCAAGCAUUUCCUCAUCUAAGCCUCUACAAGAACCGGACCCCUUUCUGGGUGACGCAGCCACACUCACAUGCCACCGUAAUUCCUGAUAGAACUCUGGGAAGCAGCAGGAAGGAUCCUGGCAGUCCGCAGAGCUCAGGACAGUGCGGGGACAACACCGGGGCAGGAAGUGGAAAUGAUAGUGCAGUCUAUUCCAUUCUCCAGAGACAUCCAAAUGCUGGUAACCAUGAACUAAUGUCAGCAAUGCAGGACCACAUCCAUAGGAAUGAUGUUCUUGGAGAAUGGACUUAUGAAACUGUGGCCCAGGAAAAGUCUCUCAGUGCACAUUCAGUGGGCGUCUCUUCUGUAGCUGGCACCUCUCAUGCUGUCUCUGGCUCCUCUCACGCUGUCUCUGGCUCAAGCCGUUAUGAUUCCAAUGAAUUAGACCCUUCCCUCUCCGGAGAAAUGACAGCUUCCCUCUGUAAAAUGCUAACACAUGCAGAAGCACAGAGGAUUGUAGACAGUAAGGAAAGAGGGGGCACUGAACAGUCACUUUGGGACUCGCAGAUGGAAUUUUCUAAGGAAAGGCAAGUGAGUUCGUCCAUUGAUUUGCUGAGCAUACGGCAGCCAAGGCUCUCAGGGGCAAAUGCUGAGGGAGCACUUUCAGCCCACUACAGCGAGGUUCCACACGGUGACCCAAGAGACACAGGCCCAUCAGUCUUUCCUCCAAGAUGGAAUGGUGGCCUGGAUGUCACUCCUGCUAACAAGGGACCAGUGCAGAAAUCCACUCUUUCUGACACUUGCUGUGAGUUGGAGAGUGACUGUGACUCUGAUGAGGGGUCUCUGUUCACUCUGAGCUCCGUAAGUUCAGAGGGUGCGAGGAGCAAGACUGAAGAAGCAGCACCUGAUGAGGAGCCCCUGCAGGACGAGAGCUCAGGGGCAAACAAGGACAAUGUGAUGGCUGUAGACAGUCUUGAGGACAAUGUCACCUUCCAAACAAUUCCAGGGAAAUGCAAGAAUCAGGAAGAUCGCUUGAUUUCCACUCCAGACUCUGGUGUGUACAAGACUCAUCUGGAAAAUGACUCUGACACUGACAGAUCUGAGGGCCCGUCACCCUGGCCCAGGUCACUGGGGAAUAGUCCCUUAGGGGAUAAGAUUCCGGGCAUGUUUACUUAUGAUUAUGACACAGCUUUUCAAUCCAAGGCAGCAGAAUGGCAUUGCUCAGUUAGAGACUUAGAAUUUUCUAAUGUGGAUGUUUUACAACAAACACCACCAUGUUCUGCUGAAGUUCCCUCAGAUCCCGAUAAGGCUGCCUUCCAUGAAAGAGACUCAGACAUUUUAAAAUAA